AUGACGACUACCGCCGCACAAGACGAAUUCAACGACCUUAUCCGCAGAAACGAAGACCUCGGCGACCGCAACCCACACCCAGAGGACAUUGACAACGACUCUGACAUCAGCGACCCUGAAUCCCCGGGCCGCGCAAACGACUACCUCGAAAAGGUCGAUACAGACGACGAACUCGACAUCCCAGCCGACAUGAGGGCAAACUACUACAUGCCGAACCUGCGCUCGGAAGCAAACACCGGUCCCAAAGGUGUCAUUGCUGAUGCGCAGGCGUUUGAGCAGGCCAAGAAACAGGCGAGGCGGUUCACGUGGAAGAGCAAGAGUGCGGCGCAGCCUGCGCAGUAUAAUGUUAGUGCGUAUCGGGAUGAGAAGAGCGCUUCGUCGGGGAGCGAGGAUGAUAUGGAUGAGGGCUUCAUGAGGCAGUGGCGUGAGGCAAGACUACGUGAGCUACAGAAUGUUGGCGAGAGGAUACGGUCGAGGACGAACAGUCCGAGUAGGAGGAUAUAUGGCGGUAUGCCGCUUGUUGAUGGAGAGGGGUAUUUGGAUGCUGUUGAUAAGACGGCGGCUGGGACUGUGGUUGUUGUCUUUAUUUACGAUGCCAACUCCGACAUGAGUCGUCAAUUCGAAGAGUGCAUGCUCCACGUCGCCAAACGCAACGACACAGUCCGCUUCGUCAAGAUGUAUAACGACGACGCAGAGAUCGAGGACGCGGGUGUGCCAGCUGUACUAGCAUACAAAGGUGGCGAGAAGUUUGCGGAUAUCAUUCCGCUUGUUGAUGCGCUGCCGGAUGAUAGCGAGUUGAGUGCGGUUGCGCUCGAGACGUUAUUUAGACAGUGA